UCCCCGCCCGGCGCUCACGGCCUUGCGGGCCCAUGACCAGAAGCCCCCACAGAGCACAGCACUCACCGGGCUCCGGCUCCUCCGCUUCCGGGCGCGCGUGUGCGUCACUUCCGCUCAGGGCGCGCUUCGCCGGAAACCGCGAGAGACUCCUCGCACACACCCCCAGUUAGAUUCUCCCGCGAACGCUCUCUCUGCUUCGGUGACGGCUCUUGUGUUGGGAGCUCGAGUUACUACAUUUCUAUAGGAAGAAACAAGCAAACUUGUGUAGGUCCUCGUAUUUGAGAACAUUUUUAGGUUAACUUGACAUUAUCCAGUAGAUAUGUUAAAGGAACUAACAAGGAGGUGAAACUGACCCCAAACCUACACAUAAGAUCAAGUCUUGUUAAAAUAUGUAUAAAAGUAAGACAAUCUGAAGAAAGUCCAGUGCCUCAGAAAUCCUGACUUUGAUAAGGUGUAUCGUCCAAGCCAGGAGUAAGAGUGAAGAGAAAUCUUUGCCUCCUACUAAAAUGAUGGAGGCAGAAGGACAGCAGUGGCCAUGGAAGACAGACUUUUACAUGCAAUUGCCAAAAGUGGAGCUUCAUGCCCACUUGAAUGGCUCCAUUAGUGCCAGUACCAUGAAGAAAUUAAUAGCCAAGAAGCCACAUCUUAAUGUUCACAGUCACAUGACCAUGAUUGACAAGGGAAAGAAAAGGACUUUAGAAGAAUGCUUCCAGAUGUUCCAAGUUAUUCAUCAGCUUACUACUAAUGCUGAGGAUAUCCUAAUGGUCACAAAAGAUGUCAUUAAGGAAUUUGCAGAUGAUGGUGUCAAGUACCUGGAGCUGAGGAGCACACCCCGAGGAGAAAAUGCUACGGGAAUGACUAAGAGGUCUUACGUGGAAUCCAUACUUGAAGGCAUAAAACAGUGCAAACAAGAAAACUUAGAUAUUGAUGUUAGAUAUCUGAUGGCAAUUGACAGAAGAGGUGGCCCGAGAGCAGCCAAGGAGACCGUUGAACUCGCUAAAGAGUUCUUCCUUUCUACUGGGGAUACAGUUCUUGGCCUUGACCUCAGUGGAGACCCUACUGUAGGACAAGCAAAAGACUUCUUGGAACCUCUUUUAGAAGCUAAAAAAGCAGGCCUGAAGUUGGCGUUGCAUCUUGCAGAGAUUCCAGAUAAUGAAAAAGAAACACAGAUGCUACUGGAUCUGCUUCCUGACAGAAUUGGGCAUGGGACAUUCCUCAACUCCUCUGUGGGAGGGUCCCUGGAUCAGCUGGACUUUGUGAGACAACACCGGAUACCUCUUGAACUUUGUUUGACCUCAAACAUCAAAAGCCAGACAGUUCCUUCUUAUGACCAGCAUCACUUUGGAUUCUGGUACAGCAUUGCUCAUCCUUCUGUGAUCUGUACCGAUGAUAAAGGUGUUUUUGCAACAUACCUUUCUCAAGAAUAUCAGCUGGCAGCGGAAACAUUUAAUUUGACCCCAUCUCAGGUGUGGGAUCUGUCUUUUGAAUCCAUCAACUACAUCUUUGCUUCUGACAACACCAGGGCUGAACUGAGAAAGAGAUGGAACCACCUGAAGCCCAAAGUGUUACACUUCUAAGCUGUGAUGAGGCAAACUACUUUUGAGUAUGUAAUGUAACCAAGAUCUUCUUGCCACAUCCCACUCCGUGAACUGUCCAAUACUUGCCCUGAGCAGCCAAAUAUAUAUGGGGUCUUAACUCCACACCGUCAUAUGCUGAGUGCUCAGCAAGAGCCCUGAGGUCUUGCAUGGCUUUACCUCCAUGCUGCUUGCUGGAGGGUUGUUUGUUAACAGAAUCCCUCAUUCCACUAGUGACUUUCUUCUUUCACUUUCACUCCUUCUCCAAAGUGACCAUAAAACUUCUGGGAAGUUGAAGCUGUAUGUCUACGGGGAAACCUGUAUGUUUUGUUAGGUUUAAUCAGAUUCCUUCCACUUCCUUUUACCCUUUCAAGUAUUAUUUCUCAAGGCUGUUAUGUCAGAUCACGUUGCACACCCACAGCAUUUGUGUGAGUGCCUAGUUGUAAGGUGGCUCUGUAGUAACAGAGCUAGGACCUGGCUUUGCCCUCCUCAGAGUAUCUUUAGAAAUCUAUAAAAGGGGUUGAAGUAAUUACUUCAGUGUAAGAAAAGGAAAGAAUUGCUGUCUCAAAGUGAGAAAGGUGCCUGGCUGGAGCUUCUGUUUUAAAAUCAGCUUCUAUUUGGCUUCCUUUGUGUAAGCUACCAGGACUUUUACUUAAAAGACCUUUUUAGUAAUGGUAGCUGUAAACACAUUUUCCUCAUGCACCCCACUUUCCAAAAUAAUGACUGAGGAUUAAAUAUAUUUACAAAAGCCUUGGCCAUUAUAGCUAGGCAUGCUCCCUGACUUGCUCAUAACUAAUGUCCCAUCAUUAUUCUAAGUUCUGCCACGUGGCUAGUUACCUCUGCUCAGUUUCAUAUGUCUAUCUUCAGAGUUUUGGGGCAUAUCUCCCCUCUGACUAUCUCUCAGAGUUUAUCUCUCUUUCCAGAGCUCCCACCUUCUUAUUUCUGCCUCAGCUCACAGGUCAUUAGCCGUUUAUUGAUGGGUGAUGCUUCCACACAGACACAAGACAUUCCUUCUAUAGGCAUUAUUGUGGCUUCCCUAGAAGAAUCCUGAUUCUUAGAUCUCCUAUGACCCUAUGCCCACAUGAUGGUCCACAGGCACAGGCUUACAUAAAUACAUAUAUACCAUGGCCACUUUAGCCAAUGACAAGGGACAACUAAGAUUGGCUCUGAAUGGUAAGAAAGACUUUAACAGAUAACAAAUGUCCUGGUUAGCUUUUUGUUGUUGUUUUUUUGUGUGUGUGUGUGUUUUUUUUAACUUGACACAAGUUAGAGUCAUUUGGAAAGAGGACCCUCAGCUGAUAAAUGCUCCCACCAGAUUGGCCUUAUCAGUGCUUGAUCAGUGUGCCCUUCUCACAGAGGGUAAUGUCACCCUUCAGCAGGUGGUUCUGGGUAGAAUAAGAAAGGAAAUUGAGCAAGCCUUGAGGAGCAAGGAAGUAGGCAGCACUCCUCGAUUGCUUCAGCUUCAGUUCCUGCGUCAGUUUCCCAGGAUGAUGGACUACAAAUAAAAGGAGGAGAUGAACCCUUUCUUCCUCAAGUAGUUUUGGUUAUGGUGUUUUAUCAUAAAAUGUGCUGUGCUGGGGAAUUGAAUACAGGGUCUUGCACAUGCUAGGCAAGUACUCUACUGAGCUACAUCUUUACCCUCAAUGUAGGUGUUUAUAGUCUUCAAAGUGUUAUAGAAUAAAACUGACACAAAACUAAAGUGUAAAAUAUAUUCAAUGAGAAAAUAUGGGAAUAGAAUAACAGUGCUAGGGAAAUCCGAGAGCAGAUGACAAUAUUGUUUUACUAAUGCACAUUUCUCUGCAUGCCUCUUCCGCAAGACUGUAGAUGGUACAGGGUUAGAGGCCUAGACCUCUUGUUCUCCCUUAGUGCCGUCUCUUGGGCUUCCUUUUGGUUCUCUCCAUCCUCAGCAAUGGCAGAGGCUAUUUGGGCAGUAUUUGUUUGUGAGGUAGUCUGAGAUAAACUGGGUUUCCCUCUAGUAAUAGUGUUCACACUGUUUCUUUUGUAUACUCUUCUCAUUUCUAAGUUAAUGGGUUGGUCCUGUAUAAUUUAAAAUCUUGCCCGGUUAGCUUUGAUUUUAAUUUGCUCCUUUGCCCACAAUGUAAAGAUCUAGACAGGUCACUUAUAAUAACAAGAAGAAAAAAAAAUCAGAGAAUUUAUUUUCCUGCCAUCCACUGUUUGAUCAUAAGAACUUUAACCAAGCUAAUAAUUUUAUAUAAUUUGCAUAUAUAAAAUCUGCACUGAAAUACCUAAAGAAAAACAGAGCACUUUAUGUACAUAGCUUUUAUUAACAUGAUAGCCCUGAGAGGCAGACUAGAUAUAAACAUGAUUCCGCUUUACAGGAAGAGACACAGAAGCAGUUUAACAUAUACACAAGACAUUUGGAACCAUCUGUCUGCUAAUACCCUAAAGCUUUUUUCACAGUGCUAUACAUAGACAGAUUAAUACUAAAGAUAAUAAUCCCAUUUUCCUUGACAUCGUAACUCACUUCCAGAGCUAUCUCAGAUCCUGAGGCCCUGAGUCAGACAGGGGUUUCUUGCACCUUCUUGCUUCAUGGGCAGCAUAACUGAGAUACCAUUUUCCCUUAAUUGCUGUUAGUUCUUUGUUUAGAAUUCCUUAAUAGCAGAACCCUAAUUAAUUUCUCAUCCUAAUAAAUUUUAGAAUAGUCUAUAUCCUCACUACUAUCUCAGAUCUUAAUCUAGCCAUGGAUAUUUUAAUAAAUGUGAGAAUUAGUUGUUCCAGGUCUUGGCCAUCUGGCCAUGUUCACCUUUUCUCUGACCUCAUCAAAGUAUCUUCAAUAGAUAGUAAUUUCUGUUGUUUAUCUCCCAAAUGAGCUAAUCUCUUAAAACCUAUUUUUUCCUGUCAUCAGUAAGCAUGGCACAGUACAACUCAGCGUCUCCCUCUAACAUUCCCUGUCUCUGCUAAGUUGAUUCUCAGCCUGUUGUACAGCUAUAUCAUGCAUUCAUUAUUUUUUUCCUCCUUUGAGCUUUAGUGAACUUAAUAUCUUCUGUCCUUUGCUUUGCUUUUUUCCCAUUUCCUUAUUCUCCUAGCACCAAUUUUACAACUAGUUUGGAAAAAUCUGUCCCACUCUAAUUUACCUAGUUACUUUCCUUCCUUUGAAUGCUUACUGUUUCCUGAAAAAAUGCUUUCCAGAUUUUUUUUCAGAGCAAGUUAGGUUGAAACUUAUGUCUUGUGUAGUAAUACUACUAAGCUUACGAAAUUUCUUUUAAAACAGCUGUAGCCUGUCAUGGUAAUGCACACCUUUAACCCUAGCACUUUGAAGACUGAAGCAAUUGGAUCUCUGUGAGUUCAAGUCCAGUGUAAUCUCCAUCGUGAGUUCCAGGUCAACCAGGGCUACAUAGUGAGACCCUGUCUUUAAAAAAUAGUAAAUGUUGCGACAUAUAUUUGUGCCCAUUUGUCCAUGUACUUUUGUUUCCCAAUAUAAGGACAAGGGUCUUUCCCCUGUACUGUACAGGGCUUAUCAUACAUCUCUAAAUAUAUGGGAAUUAAUUCAAUACCAUUUGAUUGUGAAAACCUGUAAUUACUUUUGUGUUUAAGUAAAUACUUUUACCGUG